GAUCGUUCAUUCCCUUGCUAAUAAACCGACAAAACGGCUCACGUCUCUGACCGUCCAUGGCAGCGCGCUACCAGUCGUAAGCUGCAACCGGGCUCGAAUCACUCCCCUCGCUCUCGCAUCUCAGCGCGGCGACGCCUCGUCCAUACCGAUACCAAACCGAUGGCGGUCGCGGCCGCCGCCGACGAGUCGGCUGGCGAGCUGCUGCUCCGCGCGGCGGCGCUGGUGCCGCCUGCGCACUACGCGCUCGCCGCCCUCGUCCUUGCCUCCGCCUUCCUGUACCGCUUCCUGGAGCUCCACGUCCUCGGCGACCUGCUCCGCGGCCUCCGCGGCGGCCGCGUUGCCCUCACGUUCCACCCCGACUCACAGGUUUACCAUCGCGUCGCCUCCAAGUGCCGCUCCCUCCACGGCAGGUAUCUGGCGACGCCGUGGCUGGCGAGCCCUCAUCUGCAGACACUGUUCCUGGGCAUCUGGGGGAGACCGCCUUCGUUAACGUACAGAAGGCAGCUGUACACAGUUCAUGAUGGUGGAACCAUUGCUUUGGAUUGGUUACUAGCCUUUGGCUCUGAAGAUGCAGUUGUUGGUUCUUGUGAUGAAAUUAUCUCUAAUGAUGAUUCAACACCGCUUGUUCUUGUGAUACCUGGAUUAACUAGUGAUUCUACUGCUGCUUAUGUGAAACACUUGGUCUUUUCUAUGGCGAGUAAAGGAUGGAACGUGGUUGUAAGCAAUCACAGAGGUCUGGGUGGCAUCUCCAUAACUUCCGAUUGCUUUUACAAUGCCGGAUGGACGGAAGAUAUUCAUGAAGUUGUUAAUUACAUUCAUCAAAAGUAUCCGGAGGCUCCGCUAUUCACUGUUGGGACAAGCAUUGGUGCCAAUAUUCUGGUCAAAUAUCUUGGAGAAGAGGGUGAAAGUACUCCUGUAGCUGGUGCUGCAUCUAUUUGUUCACCCUGGGAUCUUCUGGUGACCAACAGAUUUAUUUCUCGUAAGCUUGUGCAGCGUUUUUAUGAUAGGGCUCUUGCAAUUGGUCUCAAAGGAUAUGCAAAGCUACACCAACCAAUCUUGGCACGACUUGCAAAUUGGGAAGCUAUUAGUACGUCACGCUCUACCCGGGAAUUUGACCAUCAUGCCACUUGCGUCGUUGCGAAGUACGAGACAGUGGACACAUUUUACCGUCGGUGCAGCAGUGCAAACUAUAUUGGUAGUGUGUCUGUUCCCUUGCUCUGUAUCAGUGCUUUAGAUGACCCCCUUUGCACAAGGGAGGCCAUUCCUUGGGACGAAUGCAGGGCGAAUAAAAAUGUUGUUUUGGCAACCACACCUAAUGGUGGGCAUCUUGGUUUUUUUCAAGGCCUAACUGCUGGAAGACUAUGGUGGGUGGAACCUGUUUCUGAGUUUCUCUCUGCUCUCCAUGAUAGUCCUUGCAUGCAUCGGCCAAAGACCCAAGAACAUGGAAUGCACUCCUCGUUAGAAUCAUCCAUUGAUAAGGGCCCAUAUGUUAAUUUCAUGGAAGACGGAAUGGUAGCUGCACUAACAAAUGAGGAUACCGACAUACGGGACUCCUCGAAUAACCAAAUUGUCCACAAAACAGAACCAAGUGAUGGCAUUGUUGAUGUACAACAAAAUGGAGUCACCACAGAGUUACAGGAUGAGUGUCACAGUACUGUGAAGAACAGAAGCAGCUCAGAAAAUAAUGUAACACCUGCCCAAGGCCCUGUAGGGUCACAAGAGCAGCGAGAAGAGCUCUCCAUAGAUAAAAUCCAAGAUGUCAUGGCUCCUGUUAAGAAAUCCAUUAACCAGCUCAUUCGAUCCCAAGGGAGGUCAGUCUGGUGGCUUGCUUACAUUGCUGUGGUAACAUCUUGGCCCUUGCUCUGUGCCCUAGGUUUUAUCUUGUUUAGGAAAAAGCUCAGGAAUUCUUUACUAGCAAAGUGGAUAAGAAGCUAAAGAAAUUGUCAUGUUUCUUCAGACACAAAUUUGUUUAUAAUAUGUAAAAUUAUUGUCAGAACCAGUGAUGCACAUAUUUAUUUGUCCAACAGUGCUUGAGGAGAUAAAUAAAAGAUAAAGUUAUGGCAUACCA